CUUCUUCCCACAGACGGAAUGAUAAGAAAGCACUCGCAUGUCAAGAUUGGCAGGUAUCACCAGCAUCUGACUGAGCAGCUAGAGCUUGACCUGUCUCCUCUGGAGUACAUGUUGAAGUGCUUCCCAGAAAUCAAAGAGAAAGAGGAGAUGAGGAAGAUCAUUGGACGUUACGGCCUGACAGGGAAGCAGCAGGUCAGUCCCAUCAGAAACUUGUCAGAUGGCCAGAAGUGUCGGGUGUGUUUCGCCUGGCUUGCAUGGCAGAAUCCCCACAUGCUGUUUCUGGAUGAGCCAACUAAUCACCUGGACAUUGAGACAAUUGAUGCUCUGGCUGAAGCCAUCAAUGAGUUUGAGGGAGGAAUGAUGCUAGUUAGCCACGACUUCAGACUUAUUCAGCAG